GUUCUUUAGAUGGCUGCAGGUGCCAUGGACAAGGACUUCCAAAGCGUGAAUAGUCUUGGCAGGGAAUUUACCAAGGACGAUAAUCCUGUUCAGGCAAAGCGCAAGAAAAGUCUGAUGGAGUAUUGUCGUGACAGAGAUCCCCAAAGUAUUCUACCACGUGGGACAACUAAAUUUGAGAUUUCAUCGUACACUUUUCGGAAUAUCAUCGUAAACGACAAACACAGCCUUCUUUACUGUUACAUUCCAAAAGUAGGUUGUUCAAACUGGAAGCGCGUGCUCAUGGUUUUGAAUGGUGAUGCCGCUGACCCGUAUCAGAUUAAUACUGCAGACGUACACAACAGAAGUCUUGGUUACUUCCGGUAUUUAAAUGAAUACGAGCCAGAAGAAAUAGUUUAUCGACUCAGUACAUACUAUAAGUUCUUGUUUGUACGUCAUCCCUUUGAACGUUUGGUAUCAGCCUAUAGAAACAAAUUUAUCGAAUCUUACAAUUUAACUCUUUUUAAAAAGCUCUACGGUAGACAAAUAAUCAAACAUUUCCGCCAUAAUCCCGACGCCAAGUCGUUAAAAACCGGCGAAGGAGUGAGUUUUUCAGAGUUUGUGGAUUAUCUAUUAAUCUCAGAUCCAGAGUACAUGGAUCGUCACUGGAAGCAGUUUGAUCUACUUUGCCACCCUUGUCUAGUUUAUUAUGAUUACGUUGGACAUUUUGAGAAUCUGAUACCAGAGGCAAAUGAUCUUCUACAGACACUACAAGUGGAUGACCUCACACGCUUCCCGGGGAACAUUACCUCUAAAUAUAAACAGGCUUCUUCUGAUCUUGCGAAAAAGUAUUUUAAACAACUUUCUAAGAAACAAAUAGAAGGAUUGAAGACUCUUUAUCGACAUGACUUUAAUAUGUUUGGAUAUUCCAGCGAUGACUAUCUGUAGGGUCCCACAUGGAAUAGCAGCCAUACUAACCGUAUCAACUGAUGAAUCUGGAGCUACGUUCUAUUCUUCAAGCGAAUUAAUGCUGCGUCAUUACCUGGUGGAGUGGCACAAGGAUCACAAGGACAGGGUUACAACUGCAUGUGGUGAGGUAUAUUGUGUUACAUGUUUUUGGGCAUGCGCAGUGCUGCAGUAUGACACGAUAAACGAUACAAAGACCCAUAUGUCAUCAGGGGUGCGCCAAAGUGAAAUAGCGAAGUAAUCGACAUUCGUUCAGCAACCAGAAAACUGACUGCCUCCAACUGACGACCGGAAACUCUUGACAUGUUUACGUACUGUUAUGACUGAUGAUCACCUGCAGGCGCGAUCGCAAACUGAGACUUUAAAUAACUCUUUAUUGGGGUGCAUGUGACGUCAUAGCCGCCAUUUUGGUUGACUGUGACAAAUAUUUGGUCUUGACGUCUUUUGUUAUGUCAACCAACAUGGCGAACAUGUCUAUUGUCCUUUUAUUCUCAUGGGAAGGAAAGCGUGUUGGGUGUCUGUAUUUUUGUCUUUCUUUUUCUUUUCUUUUUUUAUUUAAUUUUUAUCUUUUUAAUCUCUUUUCCUACAACCACUAUUAACAACCGUAGUACUGAAACGAAAGACUGCAACUAUAUAAUAAUAAAACGAAUAAAAAUACUAAAAUAACACUACGACUUAAUAACUGUUGCACGAUAUGAUAACCAAAACGAAAAUCUUAACACAUUGUAAUUAUAAACCUGAUCUAUGCAAAUGACCAGAGUCAGAGGUUGAUUGAUGAACCUGAUCCGUGCUAAAAACAACCAGCUAACAAACAAACAAACAAACAAACA